CGAUUACGUAAACAGGACCGCGCUUCACCCUGCCACACUGCCCGUAUUGUCGUUUACAGCCUUUCCAAAUCCACACGGAUUAAAGAGAGACUGAAAUACCACACACGACCAGUGCCUUUUAACAUUAUGGAAUCCAUCCAGAAGAAAGACACAGAGAGCACGUGCGUGCUGUGCUGCCAGGACAUCGAUAUAUACGCGGUGGGGAAAUGCGAUCACCCGGUGUGUUACCGCUGCUCCACCAAGAUGCGGGUGCUGUGUGAGCAGAGCUACUGCGCCGUUUGCCGGGAACAACUUGACAAGGUGGUCUUUAUAAAUAAACUGGUAACCUUUACUGCUCUAAACAUUCAUCAGUAUCAGUGGGAGAAGAAAUACGACAUAUACUUUGGAGAUGCAAAGAUCUACGCGCAGUUCAGGAAGAUCUUGUCACAUGAGUGUCCCCAAUGCCCAGAGUCAAAGGUGUUUUCUAAAUGUGAAGAGUUAGAGCAACAUAUGCGCAAACAACAUGAGCUCUUCUACUGCAAAUUAUGUUCCAAGCACCUCAAGAUAUUCUCGUAUGAGAGAAAGUGGUACAAUCGAAAAGACCUGGCCCGUCAUCGAAUGCAAGGGGACCCGGAUGACACCUCGCAUCGUGGGCAUCCCCUUUGUAAAUUCUGCGAUGAUCGGUAUCUUGACAACGAUGAGCUCCUGAAGCACCUUCGGCGUGAUCACUACUUUUGCCAUUUCUGUGAUGCGGAUGGAGCUCAGGAGUACUACAGUGACUACCAGUUUCUCAGUGAGCACUUCAGAGAGAGCCAUUAUCUGUGCGAGGAGGGCCGCUGCAGCACCGAGCAGUUCACUCACGCUUUCCGCACUGAGAUUGACUAUAAAGCUCACAAAGCAUCUGCCCACAGCAAAAGCAGAGCUGAGGCACGGCAGAAUCGCCAGAUAGAUGUACAAUUCACCUAUGCAUCCAGACAGCAGCGCAGGAAUGAGGGUCUGGUUGGUGUUGAGGAGGAGGGGGUGGACCGCUUCAACAGACAGAGGCCAGGAAGAGGUCGAGCCCCAGGCGGACCACAGAAUGUACGAAGCUGGAGAUAUAAUCGAGAGGAAGAGGACAGGGAAGUGGCCGCUGCUUUAAGAGCUUCACUGGUCACCCGUAGCCAGGAGGAGAGAAGUCAUGUCCAAGACAGGAACAACAAGCCACGCAAAGAAGAAAAAAUGGAAUCAGAUGAGUUAAGAAGUACUAGGAGUGUUGCCAAACCACCAAACGAAAUGCAAGCGCGAUCCAUGAAGAGUACUUCCUCACUGGCUGGUGUGGACUUCCCGCUAUUGGGAGCAGCUGCCCCUCUUGCAGCAAGCGCGAUUAAACCAACUCCUGUCUCGCUGAAGGAAGAUGAUUUUCCAAGCCUGUCUGGUGCGCUAGUUUCCACUCCGAUGACGCCUGCAUACACCGGUCAACCCAGAAAACACUCGUCCUUCCAGGAGGAAGACUUCCCUGCACUGGUCUCCAAGAUCAAACCACUCAAGCCUCAGUCGAGCACAGCGUCGGCAUGGUCUCAUGCUGGAAGUAAACCCGUUCCCAAUAAACCUGUGGUUCUGCCAACCAAGCAAACCUCUGCAGUCUCUUCCUCCAUAUUAUCUGCCAGUGACCCGCCCCCCAGCGGAAGUGUCCCUCAGACCCUCCCCAACUCAUCAUCUCGGCGUAAAAAGAAGCUCACGCUUGCAGAAACCAACAAAGCUCCACCUAAACUUAGAUGUCCCUCAUCAUCCGAUGAAGAGGAUUCAAUGAACAGUAAAACGGCCCAGGAGAUUCGCGCUGUUCCCACCAUGCUCGACAUCUCCACAUUGUUAACGGUUAAAGUUGGCUCACCUCAGGCAAAUCCCAAAACCAGUAAAAAGAAAAAACAGGCAAACUCAUCAUCAUCUUUUAGUCCUUUGCAUACCCCGGAGUCCGUGUCCAAAAAAUCUCACAAAGAAAACGUUCCUGAAACGAAGCCACCAGAUAUUAGUCUCACCAAAGGCCCUACAACCUCCAAAUCAAACUCAUUCAUAAAUGGACAUACAGAGAAGCCGACAGAAGCACAAUCCUGUACCUCAUUUCCUGACAAUAUUCCUUCCCCCAUAAAGCAGCCGGUAACUGAACAAGUCCCUCCACCCAUGGAAGAAGAUUUUCCAGCACUUACCUCAAAGAAACCUCCACCUGGCUUUAAAGGUGCAUUUCCUUUGAAGAGCACUCCGAGUGUGCUGCCUCCUCCUCCUGGACUCGUGCCUGUGGUCAGCAAACCUCCCCCAGGAUUCACUGGCAUCGCACUCAACAGUAAUGUGGUGGAGCCCACCGUGUCUGCUGUUAACAGGUCGACUCCUGCUAUUGGAUCUUACCUCAUUCCUGAAAAUUUCCAGCCGAGGAACAUGGACCUCAUUCAGUCUAUAAAAAAUUUCCUUCAAAACGAUGAAACCAAGUUCAACGAGUUCAAAAACUAUUCAGGCCAAUUUAGACAGGGUAUAUUACCUGCAGUCCAGUACUACAAAAGCUGCCAGGAACUGCUGGGGGAGAAUUUCAACAGGGUCUUCAAUGAGUUGCUGGUACUACUUCCAGACACUCGUAAGCAACAGGAGCUUCUCACUGCCCACGGAGAAUUUAAAGCCCUCGAGAAACAGCAGCAAAGCUCGAAGCCCAAGAAAAACAAAAAGAAAGCCUGGCAGACAGGCAACACCAGCAUUAGCCUGGAGCUGGACUGCCAAGUGUGUCCCACCUGCAAGCAGGUGCUAGCUUUGAAAGACUUCAACACCCAUAAGACCCUGCACAACGACGACGACGACUUCCCCUCUCUACAGGCCAUAAGCAAAAUUAUCAGUUAGCCGUCCGUAAACGCACAUCUACAGCUCAGUCACACAAGAUCUGUUGUCUUACCAGGUUUAACAGAUGAGGAGCAGCGCUGGAUUCUUCUGGUUAAGUUGAAGGUGAACCUGUUUUGAAGGGGAAAGAUUGUGAUCUUGUACUUUUCGGAGUGCAUGUAGAACUGUAACUGUUCUGGAGGGAGCUGAGUUUAAUCUACUUGAACGAUUGAGUUAUAACGUGAAUUUCUUUAAUACCUGUACAGCUCCGAUCCUUCCUUGGCUUUUUUUCUUUAGGUUUUUCUAAUGCUCAAAUAAGCAUGCUCAUUUGUUUUCUACAUUUUUUUCAGAUUGGCUGCAUUUGGAAAAAUAACUUAUUUAUUUCAAAACGCACCUGCUCAUUAUUGCUCAUUGCUGUUUACAACAUAAUUUGCAGUACAUAAAAUAAAUGGUUAAUAUAUAGAUAUUUUCUUAGGUACAGCAAAAAAUGUCAACUGGCCAUUUUUGAAUGUGUCUGCUUAAAUGCUUUGGAAUUAAACGAUCAAUCCAGGGAACAAAAUGUACUCCACACUCUUUAGGGCACAUAAGACUGUCUGAAGUGAAACCUGAAUCUUGAAGGUGUGAUCUACUGUUUGUAUUUACCUUUUGCCCUUCAGUGCUAGAAAGGUCAGUAAAUUUCACCUGCUUUCAAUAAUGCCAAAAUAUGGGCACAUUCGAAUGGGGAUCAAUAUAAAAUUAGGACUGUUGGAUAGUUCUGUGAUUUCUUUGUUUUCACUCCCAGUACCAUGGUUAUACAUUGUGCAUGUGCCUGUAAAAUAAUCUUUGCACUGCCACAGAUGUGAUACUUCAGGAAGGUCAUUUUCUCAUCUGUCUUGCAGUAACCAAUAAUAAGACCAUGCCCCUAUAGUUCUUGAACUGAUAAGGCAUGUCUCUAUAACAAAUGCAGGUAACACAACCUCUGCUUAUUACGUGCCAAAGUAAAAUAUAUUGAACUUGUUUUUCAUUAUAUUUAACA